AUGGCCGACUGCCCUGCUGCUGCGGCGCCUCCACAGCGAUGUCGCGACGCGCGGCAGUGGAAGGCGGCCCUGGAAAUCGUGGCUCGGAUCCCACAGGCGGCGCUGCAGCCGACGGUCAUCAGCCUCAACUCGGCCCUUGCUUCUUGCGAGCAUACGGCUCAGUGGCCACGAGCCUGCGACCUUUUACGAGGCGGGAGCGACGCCGUCGACCGGAUCUCCUAUAACUCUGCUCUCAGCUCCUUGGAGAAGGCGCGGCAGUGGCGCACGGCCCUGGGUGCCGUCGGCAUCCUGUCCAUGCGGCGUCUGGCUGCGGACACCGUUACCAUCAAUGCCGCUGCCAGCGCCUGUGCACCUCGGUCAAUCGCUCAAAAAUGCCGGGUUUGGUGGUUUAGGGCCAGUCUAGGCUCAGUAGGUUCAUGGACCCGUGAUUUCAGUCACAGGAACAGCUAUACUGGUUACGACGUUGAGGAGAUGUCUAUGUUGGCCCACUCCAGCUUGCUGUUCGGGCGGGCGUGUCUGAUGGCAGCAGGCACCAGAGGAAGAGAUGUUCGAUCUUUCAGUAUUCUCCGAAGUGCCUCCGCGACGCUUUGCUCCUCAUGCUCAUGGACGAACCAAGCAUCAACUUCCUGCACUGAGAAGGAAGCACAAUCCCUCUUGGCUUCUGAGCAGCUCCGCUCGUUUCCGAAGACCCGUCUCUCCACCCUGAAGCCCUCAGCUUGA